UGUAAAUUAAUUAUGUGGUAGAGGACGUUAUGACGAUCGCCUUUCUGUUAAAGAAUAACAGGCUUACCUUUUGGAAUUCGUUACAGAAAAUUGGUUUGUGAAUGGAUUUUACACGAUAUUUUCCAUCCAUUUCUAACAAUGCAAGGAAGGAUAAAGAAGUACAAAGGCAAAGGCAAACACAGAAUGGUGUAGCAAUGCUUUACAAUCAUAUAAUCCAAUUAGUGCACAAAAGUAUCUCAACAACUACACUACUAAAAGUAUCCGACGUUACUGUUCCUAAUUUAACAUCCAACUUAGCGUGCAACUUUAGAAACGGUAUAAAGUGCACUUUUGGUCAUUCAGAUUCAGAGAGACAUUAUGUAGAAACUGUAGGGUGUAAUAGUGAAACGAGACUUCAUCCAUUAGCACGCCAUGAAUUUCUGGCAAAGGUAAAGAGAUGUACGUGGAUCCCAGAUCCAUAUAUGAAGUAUCCAGAAUAUUUUUUAGUGAUAAGUGACGAUCUAUAUCUUUUCGAAGAACUUAACUCGACACUAUUCACUCGAUGGAGUGCUAACCACAGAAAUGAAAACAAUCCUUUAACGUAUUGUGAAUGGAGUUAUUGGAAUCCCAUUUACAUAGGUACACUAUUUAAAAAUGGUGAAUGUGUAAUUUGGUCCAUAGAAAGCGAAAGUCAAAUAUAUGGACUAUCGAGAACUUCUUGUUAUAAAGAAACAUCUUUAAUUCAAAAUGAGAGAAAUCGCAAUUGGAAACUAUGUUUUUACAACAAUAAUUUGCUAGAUUGCUUCAUAACUCACAAUACAUACUAUGAAAAAUAUUUCUGUGAUAUCAGAACUCCAAAAUAUGGAGGAUUACGAUAUUUUGAUAGCCCGGUAUUGGAUGUAAGAUGUUCUGACUUUAAUUCAAAUUAUGUUGCAUAUUUAUAUCCCACAAGUGUUGGAGUAACCGAUAUAAGAAAUGUUGAAAAAGCAGUUUAUACUUUAGAUAAUUCUAGUAGUCAUGAAUACAAUACAUGUAUGUCAUGGUGUCCACACGAUAAUGAAAUUGCUAUUGGGACAUCGCAAGGAACAUGCAAAUUUUGGCGACCACACGAUGAUGUAUGCCAUGUAAAUAAUAAUAUUAUGAUAAGUUAUGUUGGAAAAAUUGAAUAUCAUCGCAGUGAGAAGUAUUUUUUAUGUAUAAGCAAUUAAACUUUAAUGCUACAAAGAAAAAUACCAAGUAAUUAAAUAUCUUUAUGUAUGUAUUUUGUGUUUUUAACAAAAGAAA